GAAUCUGCAGUCAGAGAGCAUGGUAUCAGCGAAAGAGAAGGCAUCACCACUUGUGCAGAGUCCCAGAAACCGUUUGAGUUUCACUGGACCGCAAGCCUACCGCACGUCAUCCCCUCGGUUGGCCGAAUCCUUCGGCUGGGCGCUGGGCAUGACUCUCUUCAAGCAGUCCUCGCUUCGUCUGCGUGCAGACGCGACGUUUCUAUAACCCGAGGACAAGACGAGUAAUCAGCUGGCAGUCCUGCCGGGCUGUGUAGGGCAGCAACCGAAUAACCUACACCCGAGCAUGGAUUAUAGUCCGCAAACCUGGGACGCGUCUUUUGGAUAUGGGAGACGAGCUCGCUUUCAUCAGCUAUUCCACUGAGCGGCACGUCGAUGCAGGAACCCUUAGCCGCAUUCGCUCGCACGCACAACAAUCUGUGCAAGACCAGAAGUGGUCUCAGAAGGCGAAGAAGGCGAAGAAAGAUGCUUCUGCAAACGCAGCACAAGAUGCUGCCAACCAACCUUCCCGGCCUGAGUUCUUACAGCUUAUCUUUGAUAAGAAGUCCGGAAAAGAGGUCAAGAGGCCAACGACCACGCGGCACCAGUCUUCCAAGUCGGUAGCACGGCGGAAGAAGGCUAAUGAUGAGAUUGAGCGACGCGUUGUGAAGCGCGAGUCACAUUCUCUCAGUGCGUCUCCGGCCGAGAGACCAGAUCCGUUUGCUGCCUUUCCUGUUGAGAUCGACGAGAGGUUUAUGGAUCUCUUUUAUGGUUACUCUCGGAGUUGGAAAUGGCAGAAUCAAGAUCACACCUACCUUUUCAAAGAAACGAUGUGGAGCCCAGUACUGGCGCAUAGCUUUCUCGCCAUCGCCAACCAUGUCUGGGCACAAGAUGAAGCUCGAAGCAUACUCCACGAGGACCAAACCAUGAUGCACAUUUCGCAACAGCUCCCUCAACUUGACCGGCUUGCCCCUGAGGCUCGAAGCGAAAUGGCAUGUGCUCUAAUGUGGUCUAUUAUUCGGCUCGCCACGAUGAAAGUCAAUUCUGGUCAGCUGGACGAAUCAAUGAUGCAUCUUAAUGCUUUGGCGUUGAUUGAUCGAGAAGAUUGGGAGCACAGCAAAUUCGCGCCGCAUUAUCAAUCGGCAAUGGCGAGUCUGCUUCUCGCGAACUUCCAUCAAGCUGGAAAGGUGAAGCCGCUUCUGCAUAUGCCGUUUGGACCGAUGGCGACGAACGCUGUGGAUGAUGUGGAAGCUGAUGGAUAUGAGGUACCGGACGCAGCAUUAAUGCUUCAAUGGGAACUCUCUGGAUUUGUACCUCCAAGAGUUACUGACGCUCUUCUUGGCUUGACAGCACUGUACAACAUCUGCGACGCAGAGGGUGGCGCGAAGGACGAAUCUGUGCCACAUAUGCAUUCGGGCAAGAAGGCUAGUCAGGCUGUCAAGAUUGCACUUCGCCUCGCGCGAUAUUCUACGCCUGCUUCGAGCCCGGCAGAUGUGGGCUAUGACUGGAUAGCGGAUUUUCAGGAAUGCGUUCGCUUGACCGGACUGCUCUGGACAUGGACCUUCGGCCGCAAAGUCCUUCAGAACACGGAAGCGAUCGUUUCCACUCAGAAGCACAUCUCCGCAACGCUAACGCCCGCACUGCUGCGAAAAGUGCUUGACGAGUGCGGCAACACGAAGGCCAUGAGCGAUCUGCUUGUCUGGAUGUUGAUUGUCUGCGGCUCAGCCACGUCUUCGAUCAGAGGUCGACAGGAAUAUGCGAACCUGGUGCGAGCUAUCUUGCCAGGAGCCACCAGUACCUCUUAUGGUCAGAUCAGACUUUUGGGAACCAAGUUGCCAUGGAUUGAGCUUUCGAGUGAUUCGCCUACUGAGGACUUUUGGCAUUUGGUGAGUUCGGAAAGCUCGGUGGCGGAGGUCGACGACACUCCGGAAGAGGAUAGUAAUGCGGCUCCGCCAUUGCUUGGUUAUGCCACUUUGGUCUCGAGGUCACGGAAUUCUCCGCCUGAGAACGGAUGAGGCUGAGGCCAUGGAACAUGCUCAGUGAAAGAGAUGCGAUACCGUGAGGGCCAGAUGGUCGCGCCAGCCAGCUUCGCUCCAACUGAAUGAGAUAUUUUGGAGACCAAGGUUUUCGGACUCCGACACUACCAGGCAGAUGAAGCUCGUGGAUCUGCAUAGGCGGGCAAGAACCAUGCUGUCGUUCGCCAGAAUCAUGACCUGUGGUUUGCUAGCCCGAUUGGGGGAUGCUGGGCGGCUCAGGAUACGAACAGUCGCGAAUUACGGGCUUCAUACCCGCGAUCCAGAUGGCAGUGACAGGCAUAUCAUACCACACAGAUGUUCUGGUGAUUGACGAAUUACAUCCAACAACAAGGAUCACCACACCAAUAGAAGAAGGAGCAGGCCAGAUCUUGAUGCCAGAUGCAAAUGCUGAAAGACAGGGUAUGGAAAUAUCAUAGACAGCAUAAAGUAUUGACUCUGAAGUACGCAAAUUGUGAAUGCAAUAGAGCUGCUUGAUUC